UCCAUAUAAAUAAGUACCACAUAUAAUUAAGGUGUAAAAAGAAGCAGGUGGGGGUUUGAAUGAAAAUGGGAAUUUGGGACAACAUUAGCGAUGGAGUUAAAGGGAUCGGAGGUUAUCUACCGACAGCACGUGUCCCGGAUGCUGUUAAAAAGAUGGAUCAGGGUGGAUGUUGUUGAGAAGCUUCAGCAGCACUGGCCUGAUAGAGCUCAGAUUGGGCUAUUCACCUAUACUUUUGCUAAAAACACGCCCAAAUACGUUGCCUAUGAAGGUUUCAAACGCAUUCCUGGUGCAACUGUGGUUUCUAAAUUGGUUUCUGACACGAUGCGUGAAGUGAAACAAGAGAAUCAUAAAGUUGGAAUAAAAACAGAGACGAUUAUUGUAGAGAGAGACAUGAGAAAAUCAACAUUACAAGCUGAUAAUUUCAGCCAAAAUGAGAAUUUAAGCUCUCAAAAUGCCGUUGGAGAUGGAGAGGUGGGUAUACUAGUGAAAGACUUGAAGUUUUCAACAUCACAACCUGAAAAUUUCUAUCAAAAAGGGAACUUUUUAGCUUUCAAGGUGGAGGUGGAGGUGGAGUUGGAGUUGGAUCUGAGGCGAUCAAGGAUAUGAUUAAUAUGUUCAUGAAAACAGAGUUUGUUGGAAAUCACAUGUUUCGUGACUUGAUGGUCCCUAAAAUUGCCCGUAUGGAGAAGAAAGACGAGUAGAAGUCUAAUGGUUUGUCUAUAUUGCACUUAGUUUUGGAGAAAGUUUUAGUGAUUCUGAAACAAAUCAAAUUCACUGGGAAUUGAAUGUCUAAGUAGUGUUUGUAAACAUAUGUCCUAGUAUUGAUGAAACUAAUCAACUCUUUUUCUCCUUAA